CCCAGUUUUGAAUUCUCUCCUUCUUCUUCUUCUCCUUCAAAUACCUCACAAUUCUUCCACAAAAUCCUUCAUCAAACUCCAACCACCUUUGUCUUUGUCUUACUUAUCUCUUACUAUGGAAUUCAUAACCGUAACUCAGCUAUUCUUCUCCACCCUUUUUGUCUGCCUAGUUUGCCUCAAUGCUAACACUCUCCAAACCUACAUGGUUCACCUCCACCCACAUGGUAUGACCAGCUCUUUGUUCACUUCCAAGCUUCACUGGCAUCUCUCAUUUCUUGAAAAAACUGUUGCUUCUCAAGAAGACCCUUCACUUCGCCUUCUCUAUUCGUACCAUACAGCCAUGGAAGGUUUUGCAGCUCAGCUAUCUGAGGCCGAGGUCAAGUCCCUGAAAAAGUUGCCUGAUGUUAUUGCAAUAAGACCUGACCGGCGGCUCCAAAUUCACACUACCUAUUCUUACAAAUUCUUAGGCCUAAACCCCACUAGAGGAGGUGCUUGGUACAAGUCCGGAUUUGGUCGUGGAACAAUAAUUGGGGUCCUUGACACUGGAGUUUGGCCCGAGAGUCCAAGCUUUGUUGAUCAUGGAAUGCCUCCAGUUCCCAAGAAAUGGAGAGGUAUUUGUCAAGAAGGGCAAAGCUUCAGUUCCUCAAAUUGUAACCGGAAACUCAUUGGUGCAAGGUUCUUUACCGAGGGUCACCGAGUGGCAGCUUCCAAGUCAUCAGCACCAAAUAUUGUUCAGGAAUAUGUGUCCCCAAGGGAUUCCCAUGGGCAUGGAACUCACACAUCAUCAACAGCUGGGGGAACUUCAGUUCCAAUGGCAAGUGUGUUUGGUAAUGGAGCUGGUGUGGCUCGAGGAAUGGCUCCCGGUGCCCACAUUGCCAUGUAUAAAGUUUGCUGGUACAGUGGCUGCUAUAGCUCCGAUAUAAUGGCUGCAAUGGAUGCUGCAAUUCGCGAUGGAGUUGACAUCCUCUCCCUCUCUCUAGGUGGCUUCCCACUGCCAAUUUAUGAGGAUAGCAUUGCAAUUGGCAGUUUUCGAGCAAUGGAGCAUGGAAUAUCAGUUAUAUGUGCAGCAGGAAACAACGGUCCAAUUGAAAGCUCAGUUUCCAAUGAAGCUCCUUGGAUUUCUACCAUUGGUGCAAGCACGCUUGACCGGAGAUUUCCAGCUAUAGUUCGACUGGGUAAUGGACAAACCGUCUAUGGGGAAUCCGUGUACCCUGGGAACCAUUUCAUGACAACUGGAAGAGACCUUGAACUGGUUUAUGUGACCGGUGGGGACAGGGGAAGUGAGUUUUGCUUCAAAAGGUCUCUCCCAAGAGACAAAGUUCGUGGUAAAUUGGUAAUUUGUGACCGAGGUGCCAAUGGAAGAGCAGAGAAAGGACAAGUUGUGAAGGAAGCUGGUGGUGCUGCAAUGAUAUUGGCAAAUACAGCAUUAAACCUGGAGGAGGAUUCAGUUGAUGUCCAUGUUCUGCCUGCAACAUCAGUCGGUUUUGAUGAAUCAGUUCGCUUGAAGGCAUACAUAAACUCUACAAUGAAGCCUAUGGCUCGGAUAGAAUUUGAGGGAACUGAGAUAGGCAAAUCCAGAGGUCCAGCAGUAGCUCAGUUUUCAUCAAGAGGGCCAAGUUUUACUAACCCUUCAAUCCUCAAACCAGAUGUGAUUGCUCCUGGGGUCAACAUUAUUGCUGCUUGGCCUCAAAACUUAGGUCCUACUGGCCUUCCAGAGGAUUCUAGAAGAGUGAAUUUCACCAUCAUGUCUGGGACUUCAAUGGCUUGUCCCCAUGUCAGUGGAAUUGCUGCUCUUAUCCACUCAGUUCACCCCAAAUGGACCCCUGCUGCCAUUAAAUCAGCACUAAUGACAACUGCUGAUAUAACUGACCAUUCAGGAAAACCAAUCAUGGAUGGGGACAUACCAGCCGGAGUUUUUGCUACUGGAGCAGGACAUGUGAACCCGGGAAAGGCCAUUGAUCCAGGGUUAAUCUAUGAUAUCAGGCCAGAUGAGUAUAUCACUCAUCUAUGCACACUUGGAUACACAACAACAGAAAUAUUCUCCAUCACUCACAGGAAUGUCAGCUGCCAUGAAGUUUUGCUGAUGAACAGAGGUUUUAGCCUUAACUACCCCUCGAUUUCUGUGACCUUUAAGCAUGGAAUGAGAAUUAAGAUGAUCCAAAGGCGACUAACUAACGUGGGAAGUCCUAAUUCAAUUUACUCAUUGGAAGUGACAGCACCUGAGGGUGUUAAAGUGAGGGUUAAACCUCAUCGGCUUAUUUUCAAACACAUAAACCAAAGUCUCAGUUAUAAAGUAUGGUUUAUAUCACGGAAGAGCACAGGAACAGAGACGACGAGGUUUGCACAGGGGGAUUUGACAUGGGUGCACCAUAACAACAGUUUUUAUAGGGUUAGGAGCCCCAUUUCAGUCACAUGGAAGGGUAAGGAGUACUAGUAGAUUACAAUAGCUAUGAUCAUUUAGGUCGAAUAACAUAUUGUUAUUACUCAGGACCAUAGAGACUUGCUGUUGGGAUUGUAUUCUGAAUUGGAGUAGAAAUUUUCAGAACAUCUAAAAUGCCUUUUUGUCAUCCCAAAAAGGAAAGAUGAAUUAAUUAUAUAAACUUCUAGUCUUCUGAAAA